GUUUGGGAAGUUUCACACGAGCCGUUCGCGUGCAGUCCCAGAUAUAUAUAGAGGCCGCCAGGGCCUGGGGAUCACACAGGAUCCGGAGCUGGUGCUGAUAACAGCGGAAUCCCCUAUCUACCUCUCUCCUUGGUCCUGGAAUAGCGCUACGAUCACCAAGUAGCCAUAAGAUACUAUAAUAAGCCGUCAGCACUUGCUCAGUAGUUUCGUGACAGUCUCUCGUAAAAGGGACACAAAACAAUUUUUUUGUUCGAAGGACUCCAAAAAUAAAAUUCUCUAGGGAUAAAAAAAACAACAACAACAAAAUGCCAGCUGAUAUAAUGGAGAAAAAUUCCUCGUCUCCGGUGGCUGCUACUCCAGCCAGUGUCAACACGACACCGGAUAAACCAAAGACAGCAUCUGAGCACAGAAAGUCAUCAAAGCCUAUCAUGGAAAAGAGACGAAGAGCAAGAAUAAAUGAAAGUCUGAGCCAGCUGAAAACACUGAUUUUGGAUGCUCUUAAGAAAGAUAGCUCGCGGCAUUCCAAACUGGAGAAAGCAGACAUUCUGGAAAUGACAGUGAAGCACCUCCGGAACCUGCAGCGGGCACAGAUGACGGCCGCGCUAAGCACAGACCCGAGUGUGCUGGGGAAGUACCGCGCGGGUUUCAGCGAGUGCAUGAACGAGGUGACCCGCUUCCUGUCCACGUGCGAGGGCGUUAACACCGAGGUGCGCACACGGCUGCUCGGCCACCUGGCCAACUGCAUGACCCAGAUCAACGCCAUGACCUACCCCGGGCAGCCGCACCCGGUCUUGCAGGCGCCGCCACCGCCCCCGCCAGGACCCGGAGGUCCGCAGCACGCGCCGUUCGCGCCGCCGCCACCGCUGGUGCCCAUACCCGGGGGCGCGGCGCCCCCUCCCGGCGGCGCGCCCUGCAAGCUGGGCAGCCCGGCUGGAGAGGCAGCUAAGGUGUUCGGUGGCUUCCAGGUGGUGCCGGCUCCUGACGGCCAGUUUGCCUUCCUCAUCCCCAACGGGGCCUUCGCUCACAGUGGCCCCGUCAUCCCAGUUUACACCAGCAACAGCGGGACCUCCGUGGGACCCAACGCAGUGUCGCCUUCCAGCGGCCCUUCGCUCACUGCAGACUCCAUGUGGAGGCCCUGGCGGAACUGAGGGGCUCAGGACACCCCUCCCCCUAAACUCCCCAACCUCUCUCUCUUCCCUUGGGACACUAAACAGGAACUUGGACGCUGGGAGAGAAGAGGACUUUUUGAUUAAGUUGUUACCUUGUUUUUUUUAAUUUCUAAAAAGUUACUUUUUUGUAGAGAGCUGUAUUAAGUGACUGACCAUGCACUAUAUUUGUAUAUAUUUUAUAUGUUCAUAUUGGAUUGCGACUUUGUAUUAUAAAAGUUCAGAUGACAUUUCGUUUUUUACACGAGAUUUCUUUUUUAUGUGAUGCCAAAGAUGUUUGAAAAUGCUCUUAAAAUAUCUUCCUUUGGGGAAGUUUAUUUGAGAAGAUAUAAUA